AAAGUGGCAAAGCAACAUGGGCCUGUAGUAAAUAUCAAAGGACAGAGAACCCAGCGUUCUAUCACAGGAAUAUGACGCCAAUGGCUAUAAUGUUGCAUUGUAGCCUACAAGAUUUUGUAUAAUGAACAAUGUUGCCACAAAUUAGAAAAUAAAUGCGUGUUUGGGCUACAUUGUGUCCAAUGAUAUCUGCCGCCAGGGGGAGUCGACUCUCAAGGACUUUAUUUCCCAAAUUCCAAUGAGAACCUGGAGCUAAAUCAGAGGUCCGACUAAAAACCUAAAUAAUUUGCAGACUACGUUAUUUCCCACUCACUUCCGUAGGUCUGGUUUAUUUGGUGUGAACGAAUACGGUGGGCUUUUUGGAAAGAUUCGGAUUAAUUUAUGUAAAACCUCAAAUCUUGAAACCAAACUAAAAGUCAAAGCUUUUCUUUAUUGACUGAAAGGUUACGCUGCGUGACGAAAAAACUCCAUCCUGUCCCGUUCCAAGGUCCCUCUGAUGACUGUUAUCUUGGCCUAAUGUCUGUCCGAGUGCCAUCCAUGAGUGUGCUGCCUCCUGUUCGAAGGGACCGCGUCAUUGCCCAGCUUCCUCAGUGUUACAGUAAGAAGGCUGCUGUGCAAACUAAAGAAGAGUUCAACUUCAAAGUGAAGACUGCCUGCCAGGAGCAACGCACUGGCACAGUAGGGUUUAAAAUCGCUAAGGUCAUAGUGGUUGGUGACCUGGCCGUGGGAAAAACCUGUCUGAUUAAUAGGUUUUGCAAGGAUGCAUUUGACAAGAACUACAAGGCGACCAUUGGUGUUGACUUUGAGGUGGAGCGGUUUGAAGUGUUGGGGGUGCCUUUCAGCUUACAGUUAUGGGACACUGCAGGGCAGGAGAGGUUCAAGUGUAUUGCCUCCACAUACUACAGGGGAGCUCAGACGAUUAUUAUUGUGUUUGAUGUAAAUGAUGUGGCAUCUUUGGGCCAUGCAAGGCAGUGGCUUGAAGAUGCCUUGAAGGAGAAUGAUCCUACCAAUGUCCAGCUUUUCCUGGUGGGCACAAAGAAAGACCUGAGUUCUCCUGCUCAGUACUCUCAAAUUGAACAGGAUGCCAUCAAACUGGCUGAGGAAAUCAAAGCAGAGUAUUGGGCCUUGUCAUCAUUGACUGGGGAAAAUGUGAGGGAGUUUUUCUUCCGUGUUGCAUCGUUGGCAUUUGAGGUCAAUGUUCUGGCAGAGAUAGAGAAGAGUGGAUCAAGACACAUUGGGGACGUUAUCAAAAUUAACAGUAAUUCAAACAAUCUGUAUGCAACAUCAAAGAAGAAACAGUCAAACUGUUGUCAAUGAAGACAAAACACAUGACUACUACAGUAAAAAGGUACCAAAGCAAAAAGCAUAAUUUCUUCAGAAGAGAAACUGAGAACCCAUGACCACUCCCAGAGACAUGGAAUUUGCAGUGAGGCAGGACAGAGACUUUUGCCUUCACAGACAUUUGAUUUUAAUUUCUGCUGGCCCGGAAAGAACAGCUUUGUGGUUGGAUGUGGAUUCCUGUGGUGCUUGGCUUAUUUUUGACUAUCCAGAGUUUCGGAUAGAAUUUCCUCUGUGUCAUUGUACUCCAUACUGUACAAUUCCAGUUUUUGAGUCCUGACAGAUUGUGAUGGAGGUACUGCUUUAAUAGCUAUGGAGUAUGGACAAUCAUGCAUGUCUUCAAAUAGCCAAUAUGGAUAUUUUUAAGACACUCCACCAUUAGAUUGUUUACAGCGUUGUUUUGUUUAGUGUUGUUUCCAUGCGACAUGUUUUUUGCACAAUUUGUAACUAUUGCAUAGAUUAAAACUCAUGACUCCUUCCUGGGAUGUUAUAUUAUGCUAGCUAAGGAGUAUGAUUACAUAGUCCUAUUUUUAACAGCACAACUGCAUUCAUACAGUAUGAGAGAUGUGUAUUAGUCAGAUGUACCUCGCCUACGCUAGAUAGAUACAAUAAUAUAACUGAGAAUUAUUGAUUUAUAAUGAUGUGCGAUAUUUGAAUGACUGAUCUUAUAUUAUCCCUCUAGUUGAAUACCAUAAUCAGAGUGAAAAGUGCAUACAUAUGUCUAGUUUUCCUUUUAGACAAAGAUUAUUUAAGUAAUUUUUCUAAUGUUUAAUUGCAGGUGCAAGUUUUAGCUCUAUAAAGAUACUGUAUAUCAAAAAUGACUAAACUUAGCUCAAAAUAUAGAUGUAAGCUUUACAAUCACUGCUCUGUAUCAAAUCAAACAACUGUUUACUGGUAAUAAGACUUUAUAAUUAUAAAACAAAUCAUUCUAGGUUAUUAUUGAAAGUUCUAUAUAGGAUGAAUCACUAAUCUGUUAUUAAAUUAUGCUUAAUAACUGUUUGUCAUAUUAGCCUGGGCCUCUUAAUAUAAAACAAUUAUACAUACAGUUGAUAGUGAAAGUCUACACACCCCUUGUACAGUCUUCAAAUUUUGCUGCCUUAAAAUUAAAUAAAUAUGUAAUGGAA